AUGCAUAUUCCGUCUUUCAGCCAAACCGCCACAAUUGGCAUGGCUUUCUAUGCCAUCGCUGCUGUAGCUGCACCAGUAGCCCAGCCAAUCCCUGAGUCCGGGUUCGAGACAGGUGACCUUGUUGAACGUUCCCCUGAGGCAGCUCCUGAUGUUGAUAUACCGACCCUACGCGAAGCCAUCGCCGCUCGCGAUGAACCAAACGAAAGAUCCCAACUCGAUGCACGCAAUGACAAGAAACAGAACAACCAAGAUCAGUACCACAAUAACAGCAAAUGCAAGCGCGGCAAGGGAGGUGGCAGAGACGAGGGCUGCGAUUACGGCGACUACGGCAGCUACGGCGGUGGUUACGGAGGGGGCAAGGGAGGUGGCGGCUACGGAGGUGGUGGGUACGGUGGUGGAGGAUAUGGCAACGGAGGCGGCUACGGCAAUGGCGGUGGCUACGGUCACGGUAAAGGCGGCCACGGCAUUCAGGGCUCCGACGAAGCAAAGAGCGACCAGAAAGACAACGAUCUCGGCAAGCGGGAUGAGGCUGGUCUUCCAGGUGAAGAUAAGAACAAGGAGGGCGGAGUUGAUAUUCUUAACAACAAGGGCGGCGGUGGUGGCUACGGAGGAUACGGCGGCGGAAAGGGUGGCGGAUAUGGCGGUGGCGGAUACGGUGGUGGUCACGGUGGUGGUGGUGGCUACGGAGGCGGUGGAUACGGCAACUGCAAGGGUGGAUACAAGUGCGGCGGAGGGUACGGCGGAGGAGGAUACGGUGGUGGCGGAUACGGUGGCGGAAAGGGAGGCGGAUACGGUGGUGGCUAUGGUGGUCACGGCCACUAA